UGAGUGUUAUUUAAAUAAAAAUUUUGCAGAGACCACAGUAUGAACUUCAAUUUAAACAAAUAGAUCGUUACAACACAUCCUCUGAAGAUGGCCGAGUAUGGAGCACAUAUCACCAUAACGUCAAGAAAUCGGCCUUCAAUAUUUGAUGUUGUAGCUCAGGAUAGUUUACUGUCAACCCUUCAACCAGCACUAAGACAUGCUCUGAAGGUUCUUGCUGAAAGUAACCCAGAAAGAUAUGGUUGGUGCUUGCAUUACCACGGUGAAAUUUUUGUCCUUUUCAACUUCAUCAUACAGUAUCACUACUUGGCUAACUAUGGUGCAUCUUUUGCUGAAAAUUUUUAUGAUCUUAAACGAAUGCAGAUACAUGAAACAGAUGGAUUGGAGCCCUUACGCCUUUCAAGUAAAACACUCAGAAAGUCAUUGAUUGCACUUGUAUGGUUUCCUUAUUUACAUUGUAAAGUAGAUAAUAUUUUCAACUCUAUUCAAGAGAGAGAUACAGAUGGAUUAUUAUCACAAAAGGGUUGGAGUGCUAAUCUGCAGAGGUUCUUCUUGAAGCUGUGGCCAGUAAUUCACUUGUCUUGGGAAGGGUUGUGCCUUAUCUUUUAUCUAAGGUAUUUGGUUGGAAAAACAAAGUUUCACUCACCUUUAUUACCUAUUUGUGGUGUGAAACUGGCCAAUUUGACUGAUGAUGACAUUGAAGUUAUUGAAGAUAGAGUGCAAGCAAUGCUGUCCUUCAGAAAUAUCAGAAGUGCAAGGCAGUUUGGACAGUGGAUAAUGGAAAGGAUAGGAUCAUCUAUUAUGAAUUCUUUAGAAGUUACAGCAUUCUUCUUGCAAUUUCUGGAUUGGUUUUAUUCCAGUGGCAAUACCCCAAGAUCUAUUGUGAACAAACCAAUUCCUGUCCCACCACAGGUUUCUGAUGGACUCAAACCAAGUACUUUAAAGUCAGAAGACUGCCCCAUAUGUUAUAAGAAAAGGAAACAAGAUACUGUAUUAUCUGUUUCUGGAUAUGUGUUCUGCUACAGUUGCAUACUUACAUUUGUGAAAAGUGAAGGGAAAUGUCCUGUCACGGGUUAUCCAGCCACUUCAAGCAAUCUUAUUAGGAUAUACUUCGAUGUGUAACAAGUUUUCAAUAUCCCACAAGUUUUCAUUUGCAAAAGUUUCAGUGAUGCUAUCAACUAUAUUAUGUAUAUAUGUACAUUUGCAUUUUUUCAUAUAGAUAUAUAUAUGUGUAUAUAUAUGUGUGUAUAUAUAUAUACACACACAUACAGGCAGUCCCUGGAUUACGACAGGGGUUCCGUUCUUGAGACGCGUCGGAAGUUGAAAAUCGUUGUAAGCUGGAAUGACGUCGGAAAAAUGUAUUAAAAUGAUAAAAAAAGUUAUAAAAACCUUACUUGUAAUCCUUUGGGUACACUACAUGUGGUUUCUUGAUGUUUUAUGUACAAUCUGGAUUGUUUUCUUCCAAAAGAUGGUGGUUCUGGAAUGUAAACGUACACAAUUAGUACAAAAACUACACAAAUUCCUGAAUGCAAUAUGUAGAGUAUAAAUCCUUACUUUUAGUUUAAAGAUGUCGUGCUAUGUAUCCCUGGACAAUGUUUUUAGUGGCCACAUAGCGUACAUCAUUCAGGGGUUCUGGGAUUCUGGAAUGUAAAAGCAAUAUUAAUAGUAUUGUAGUCCUCUAUGCAAUGAAGUAUAUUACAGUAGUACAUAUACCAUACAGGUGUUUAUAAGAUAUAACAUGUAUAAAACUUGUUAGGAAUUCCUUACAUAGUUACCAACUUUUAGUGAGUAUCAAAGCUGUUAGCUAGGUUGUGGGAGAUGGAGAUGUGCAUGUGUAGGGAGCCUGCAAUGAUAAGGAUAAUUACAGGGUAUGUGUAUGUACAGUAAUAGAAGUUCUAUAUUAUUCCAGGUAUUUCAGAAAGCUAUGUUUAAUACUACAGUAAAAAAAAAUGAAUUCCAUACCUAAUUUCACUGUGAUUUUUACAGAGGACAGGCUAGGAUGAGGGAGUUUGAAAAGGUAAUGGGCAGCCUGGAAUGAUUUAGAAUAUUAAAGGACAUUAUGUAACCACUCAAGUAUAAAAUGUACUAUUACAUAAUUAACAAUUUAUAACAUUAAAAACAGUUGAGAAUUCCUUACCUUUAGUGAAAUGAAAAGAUGUAGGCUAUGUAACAUGAAGAAGUAGUUAUGUACAGUAGAGGUCUGGUUUAUGUACAAGGUGCUUGUCAGUCUGGAAUGAUAAUGUACAUAUGAUUAGUAAAGUUACAUUUACUAAAUAUAUACUAAUAUAUGCAGUAUGUACAUAUUAGAUGUGUAAUAAAAUGUAUAACAAUUCAUAAAUAAAAUGUUUCCUUA